AUGCUCACAUCAACAUCACUCACGACAUGUCAAGACAGCAGUAAAUUCUCAGCCUCUCUCUUCGACGUCGCCUUCACUCCCGAAAACAACACCCUCAACUUCAGAGUCAACGGAUUCAGCAGUAUUACGGGAAAUGUCAACAUCACAUUGAAAAUCAUUGCGUAUGGGUUAUCGGUGUACACCACAGUCAUCGAUCCAUGCGACUCAAACGCCUCAUUUAAAGGUCUGUGUCCUAUGAACCAGGGCCCAAUCGAUGUGGAGAGCAAUGCACCUGUGGAUCAGGACUCCAUCUCCAAGAUUCCGGGCAUCGCCUACACCGUCCCCGAUCUGGAUGCAAGAGUUCAGGUUUACUUCAAUGACAGCAUCACCGGUGUCGCCUUGGCUUGUGUCGAGGCAGAGUUAUCGAACGGCAAGACAGUCGAUCAGCGAGGUGUGGCUUGGGUGGUCGCUGUGAUCUCUGGCUUGGCGCUCGUCGCAUCGGCCAUCACCUCAGGACUAGGACACUCCAACACAGCCGCCCAUGUGGCUGCCAACGCUUUGUCUCUCUUCUCCUACUUCCAAGCCCAGGCUUUCAUCGGCAUGACUGCUGUUCCAUUACCGCCAAUCGUAUCUGCUUGGACACAGAACUUCCAGUGGAGCAUGGGAAUCAUCAAUGUUGGUUUCAUACAAGAUAUUGCCACGUGGUACCAACGCGCAACUGGUGGCACGCCCUCCCUGAUUAUCCAGAACCUUGACAACGUCUCCGUGGAGGUUCAAAAGCGAGGUUUGGAAGAUCUCGGCCGCGUGAUGCAGCGCUCAGUCUCGAACAUCGUAUCUCGUGCCGUGGCUUCGAAUCUGACACCUCCAACUGUUGUCAAGGGCAUUAAGCGUGUUGGAUUCAGGGCGGGAAUCGAGCCGACCAACAUUUUCCUAACAGGAUACAUUUUCUUUCUGAUUUUCGUCAUGUUCACUUCCAUUGGCGUCGUUCUGUUCAAGCUCAUCAUUGAGGGUCUGGUCAAAUCUGGCAACCUCAAGAGUGACAAGUUCCAGGAUUUCCGCAAUGGUUGGACUACUGUCCUGAAGGGCAUCUUAUUCCGCAUUGUUCUCAUCGGAUACACCCAGAUGGUCGUUCUCUGCUUCUGGGAGUUCACGCAGAAAGACUCUGGCGGUGCCAUGGUCUUGGCCAUUGUUACCAUCUUCACCAUGAUCGGUAUCCUUGCUUGGGCCGCCAGCAAAGUCGUCAGGCUGGCUCAGCGCAGCAUCAUGAUGCACAAGAACCCGGCGUACAUCCUCUAUUCUGACCCUGUCUCGCUCAACAAGUGGGGUUUCCUCUACGUCCAGUUCAAGGCCACCGCUUAUUACUUCAUCGUUCCGGUCUUGAUCUACCUGUUGGUCAAGGGUCUAUUCGUUGCUCUCGUACAAGACAACGGUAUAGUCCAGGCCAUUGCGCUGGUGAUCAUCGAAGCUGUAUUCCUCAUUGUCGUGAGCGUGCUCCGACCGUACAUGGACAAGAAGACAAACGCGUUCAACAUCUCCAUCUGCGCCAUCAACUUCCUCAGCUCUAUCCUGUUGCUUAUCUUCACGCACAUUUUUGGACAGCCAGGUAUUGUUACUGGCGUUUUGGGUGUCAUUUUCUUCGUUCUGAACGCGGUUUUUGCCACUGUGCUUCUCGUGAUGGUCCUGGUUUCGUCGAUCAUCGCAAUUACAUCCAAGAACCCAGAGACUCGUUACCAGCCAAUGCGCGACGACCGCGGCAGUUUCAUAAAAUCUCAAUCGCAAUUGAACACCGAGCUCGAUGCACUGGGAGCUACUGCUCGUGGCGAGUCCAAGCACGGCUGGCCAACCAGCACUGGCGCCCGUGAAGUGGAAGACGAUGACAGCUGGUCCGGCAAUAGUAGUGACAUCAAGCCAGCUGCCACCGCCACCACACGUUCGUACUACGAGCCUUCACGUAGCCCGAUCCAACCACCUGCAGCAGGUGGCCUUCCUUCAUCCAACAAUGGGAGCGCCCGGCAUAUGCCUCCCAACCGAGGGGACACCAUCAGCCCAUAUGGUCGGCCGGAGGCCAAUGGGCAGCAUCGCGGCCGAGGGAGUCCCAGCCCGUGGAACCGCGGGGCUGGCUUUGAGUAG